AUGCCUGGCGUCCAGGACCCCGAGCAGGCCACCAACGGCACCCAGAACGGCCAGAAGGCUGAGAACAAGGCCGCCAUCCCAAUCCCUGAUGAGGAUGGCCCUAUCGAGGUGCCAGCUACGCGGUCCUCGGUGUCUGAGGCCGCAAAGUACAUGCACAACCUCAGCGUCGUGCCCUCCAUGAAGGACCGCAGGGGAUCUCGCAACUCCUUUGGCGCCUCCCUGCCCAUCCCCAGGAGGCAGUCCCGCCAGUCUCGUCUGUCCUCGGUGCACUACCCUGACCGCGAUGCUGUCACCGGCCGGCCAACCCGGCCUGGCAUGCCACCAAUCCAGCCCACUCGUGCGCUGCUGGCAUCCCAGGUCCAGACCAUCGAGACCGAGAAGGUCAAGAAGGCCAAGAACAUGGCCUUUGCCUUCGACAUCGACGGUGUCCUUGUCCACGGUGACCGUCUGAUCCCAGAGGGCCGCAAGGCUCUGGAGAUCCUCAACGGCGAGAACGAGCUCGGCAUCAAGAUCCCUCACAUCUUCCUCACCAACGGUUCUGGAAAGCCCGAGCUGGCCCGUUGCGAGCAGCUCAGCAGCAUCCUGGGCCAGCCCGUCCACACCGACCAGUUCAUCCAAUCCCACACACCCAUGUCCGCCCUGUCCGAGUACUACAAGACCGUCAUCGUCGUCGGUGGCGAGGGCUACAAGUGCCGGGAGGUCGCGGAGCAGUACGGCUUCAAGGACAUCGUCGUGCCCAACGACAUUGUCGCCUGGGACCCGACCAUCGCCCCCUACCGGGUCUUCACCGACGCCGAGCGGGCCACCUCGCGCCCCCGGGACUUCUCCAAGGUCAACAUCGAGGCCAUCCUCGUCUUCAGCGACAGCCGCGACUACGCGACCGACAUGCAGAUCAUCAUGGACCUGCUGCAGUCCGAGAACGGCCGCCUCCACACGCGGGCCAAGGACCCCGUGUCGCAGCGCAUCCCCAUCUACUUCUCCCAGGGCGACCUGCUGUGCCCCACGGAGCACCCCACCCCCCGCAUGUCCCAGGGCGCCUUCCGCAUCGGCCUCGAGGCCAUGUACCGCGCCCUGACCGGCGUCGACCUGGAGCGUGUCGUCUACGGCAAGCCCGAGCUGGCCACGUACAAGUACGCCGACGAGGUCAUGGCCAGCUGGAUGGACGAGCUGCACGGCGAGGAGAGGCUGCCCGAGAACAUCUACAUGGUCGGCGACAACCCGGCCUCGGACAUCAUCGGCGGCAACAUGUACGGCUGGAACACGUGCCUGGUGCGCACCGGUGUCUUCCAGGGCGGCGACAACGACGAGAACAACCCGGCCAACUUCGGCGUCUUCCCCAACGUCCUCGAGGCCGUCCAGACCGCCCUGCGCAAGGAGCUCGGCCAGGACUUCAAGAUGAGCUUCGACGAGAGCAUCAACCCCCUGCACUCGGACGAGUCCCACGCCGUCGUCGUUUAA